GCACUCGGGACUCUCCCCCUCCUCUCUCUCUCUCUCCGCAUGACAUCACCGCUGGACAAAGCAGCAAGGAGUGGUUUCUGUGAAGAGACGCGUCCCAAAUCAAUGGAACGCACCCAGAGACUCCAAAAAAUCCUCCCCGCAUCUGCAUCCAGCGUCAAAACAAACUGUCGGGUCGUCGGCGGCACUUCUUCGAGCGCUUUUGCUGUGAGAGGAGUGAACUGCUGUGGAGAAUAAAAACCACCUCGGCUGUGCGGGUUCAGAGAAAAAAAAAAAAAAAAAAAAGCGAGAGAGAAGAGUCACCGCCGCUGGAUGGUUGGUGCUUUUUUUUGUGUGUGUUUUUUUCCUUUUUUUUCUUUUUUCCUAAAUAAGUUUCGCCCACCUAACAUGCGCUGUGUCUGAAGAAGUUGACCUGCGGUUCGAAUCCACCCUGAAAGACCAUGCUGUCCCUCCUGCUGCCCGCAAUGCUGGCCGUCCAAGCUAUGGCUCUGAUGGAAGUGUACGUCCCAGAGAUGCCAGUGGUGGCGCUACACGGCGGGGACGCCACACUCAACUGCUCCUUCAGCAUCGCCACCCCCUUCAACCUGUCUGAUCUGACCGUCUUCUGGCAGCUGACAGACACCAAACGCAGUGUGCACGCGUACAGGGAGGGACACGACCAGCUGGCAGACCAGGCCGAGAGCUUCGCCAACCGUACCAGCCUGUUCCCCGCCCAGCUGGGCCUGGGCAACACUUCGCUCCUGUUGAGCAGGGUGGUGGUGGCUGACGAAGGCAGCUAUACCUGCUUCGUCAGGGUGCAGGACUACGGCAGUGCUGCUCUGCUGCUGCAGGUGGCCGCUUCCUACUCCAAGCCUGUAGUGACUUUGAAGCCUGAAUCCAAUCUGCGGCCGGGUGAUGCGGUGGCCCUGACUUGCGUGGCCUACGGUGGUUAUCCUCAAGCUGACGUGAUAUGGCAGGACGGGGGCGGGCGCAACCUGACGGACAAUAUCACCACCUCACUGGUGGCCAAUGAGGAAGGGUUGUUCAGCAUGACCAGCAUGCUGACAGUCGUGCUGGAGCCCAAUAGCACCUACAGCUGCCGGCUGAUCAACCCACUGCUGGGCGAGGAGGGCUACGCCUAUGUUACAAUCACAGGUCAGAACAUCGCGUUCCCCCCGGUGGCUCUGUGGGUAACUGUUGGCCUGGCCGUGUGUCUGCUGGUGCUGCUCAUCGCCCUGGCUGCUGUCUGCCGCAGGAAGAUCAAGGAGAGCUGCGAGGAGGCCAGGAGAGAAGCUGAAGAGGCCAAGGUUCUGGAAGAAGAGGAGUCAAAGACAGCCAUGACGCUGCUGAGCUAAGGCCAAGAGUAUAAAGUUGCAGGCUGACCUGGAGCAGCAGCAGUAAUCCAGUGGUAGGCAGGCAGGCAGCAUUAGCAAUAGUGAUUGGAGCCAGGGUGCUGGCAGUGUUGGACCCUGUAGCCCUUGGGGAGAGGAAUAGGACACUCCCAGCACUGGCACCAUGUUCACUCAACCAUAGCCAGCCUGUGUCAGCCACUAUAUCCCUCCCUGGAUACAGCACAUGGACCUCUAUAGGCCAGGAAAGCCCCAGACCUCGCAGCUAUUUUGGGGAAAACUGCAGCACUGUAACCAACAAAGCAGAGGAGCUGUGAGGACAGAGUAUAUUUUUGUGUUCAAAGCUUUGUUUUUUUUCCUCUGAGGAAAAAAAAAAUGUUUUUUUCCGUUUUGCUGAGACAAAGAUGUUUAGAUAUUUGAUGCUGAUAUUUUUAGAGGCAGUCCAUCAAUUAUGAUGAGAAAGAUAUUGAAGUUUUUUUUUGUCGCUGUGGUGCCGGAGCGAUAACAGGACGAAACAGCUGGUCUGUCUUUUCUCAGAAAAUGGCGAGAGACAAGUUUGGCUGUUUGUUGGUGAAUAUUUCCGACUUUUCAGGGCAAUUAAAAUGUAUUCUUUUAACGAGGGAAUCCUAAUGUUCCAACACAUUCUUGGAUUAAAUUGCAUCUCAGAAGCAGGUCAGCUGUUCUGUGUACAUUUAAUUGGUGUCCAUGUCCUUGCGUGAGUUUGUACAGUAUGGGCAUGCAUCCAUUGCAGAGGAGGUCGAGAAAAACACACUAGUUGCUUCACUGCUAUUUCAAAUUAGUGUACAGCAUGUGUCUGUUCUUCACUGCUCUACUCUAAGUCUUGCCAUAAUAACCAACAGUCUGGUGUCAGGCGUGUGAAUACUUUUUAAUACAAGGCUGGACGGUUACAGCUUGUUUUUAUUACACCCUGAUUGGUCAUUGCCAUAAAGCCGCAGCAUGCAGAGUGAGCAGGAGAUGAUGGAAGGUGCGGAAAGUAAUUUCCUGUAACUAGCCAAAAUAAAGUCUGGCCAGUAGGAGUCAAAGAGAGGACAUUUGUCAUUACUGGAGUAUCUACUGACCUUCACCGAGAUUGUUAAUGCUAGGUAAUAUCCUGCAAGCCCCGGGACCUCACUGCUGCUGAAUCAUCCCAGAUCAAUUAUUCUAAUAUUUGUGUGGCAGUUUUGCUAUCGAUUAAUGCAUUUAUGCAGAGUUCGGCAUAUCUUAUUUAAUAAAGCAAGGCUCUGCAUUUAAUUAAGUCCUUCUUGGAGUCAGACGGCACUUUGUUUUCAUAAACCGUUGCCUUAUCGAUACGUGUGUUCAUUCGUGACUUAUGUUUCUCUGCUGGAACUUUUAUUGUUUCAUUACUAGCAGCCCGGCACACAUAACAUAGUAAAUGGCUAUCUGCAGCACACUCGAUAUUUUGUAGAUUGUGCUCACUGCUCUGUUGCUAUCUUUAGUGGCUCAGACUUACUGUGUGUUAUAAACACCGCAUACUGAUCAUUAUGGCAACCGAUCAUUAUGGUGUACAAUAAAGAGAACUUUAAAUCUUCAUUUAAAGCAGGGAAUUUUCUGAAUAACUCAAUAACUGGUGUCUUCCCCCUGUUCUUCUAGCAACAACGAAAAUUUGAAAAAGUAUGCUGUAAUAGAGGAAUUUUAGAUUUUUUUUAAAAGGCUCAUAUGCAUUUCCAAUUUUAACCCCUUCGCCUCAUUUUCUCAAGUGUCCUCUUACCCCUUAGAACAGAUUUACAAUGUGUAGUAGUCGAAAUCUUCAUCUAGAAAUUAGGACAACCUUUAAGAACAUCAUAUUCAUCAGUAGUCAUCAUUAGCGUUUAUAUUAAGAGAUGCAACCAGAUUUCAAUUCAUGUGUCAAACUAUCAAAUACAAAAGAACACAUCUUCUUUACCUGGCCACUUGUGGUGUUCUACAUAUAGACAAACAUUAGCAAUCAGUGCUCCAACCCAGCCAAUCCACACUGAUAUUAAGGAGGUAGCUCCAAGUGGACUGGACUCAAGUUAAAACUGAGGCAUCAAAUAUUUGGUCACACUAAUUUUCCUCCUCUACAUACUGACCAAGCACAGUUACUUCCUUAUCGAUCGGGACCAGUGUUCCUUUAGUUUGGACCAGAAUCCAAAAUCUUCCGUAGUGUGUACUCCAGCCAUCUGCCACUGCUGGAAGGAUGCUUUGAAAAAGUGAAUGAGUCAACUGGUUCUUUUCCAGAGUUUUAAUCUUUCUCUGCGGAAAUGCUCUCUUUGUAUUUUUGCCCAUGGAAGACUACUCAGAGAUAGUUUCACAGUGUCUGAAUUAUGGUGGUUCCGGCAUCAGCUGAAUAAAAUGCUGAAUAUCAGUGUUAUUGUUCUUUGGGGCACUGGCGUUAAUCCAUCACAUCACACAAUCGAUUCAUCUGACACAAAAAAAGUAAUAUUUUAAAGGUAACAUUGUCUAGAGAAAGCUUACAAAUUUCCAGGUGGACUUGUACAUUAGACCGCCAGACUUUUGUUCAUAAUCUACAAUGAUUUUUUUUAAAGUCUUUUGAUGUGUUAAGGCGAAAUAAGGAAUGCCUUUGUGCAGAACCGAGGCCUAGCCAGAGAUGUCUGCAAAUGAGAAGAGAAUAAAUAUUCAAAGGCACACAUGAAGGGAAUAAAGAAAAGUGAAAUGAGGAGCAGCUCGGUCUGGUCCGGUCAUCUGCCUGACGACUUUCGAUGAAUUCCAAUGAGAGUGCAGAUUACAUUUUGAUUACAGAUCGGCCCUAUAGGUGCAAUUAGUGCUACAUAAUGGCCUUUGCCCAGUUCCCCUCAGCAGAGUUGUGAAAUAUUGGCUUUAUUCACCCCUAUAUAUUCACUUAAACUCUGGGCUGUCAUGCUAAUAAUAUAUUUCAUUGUUGUACGUGUUUGAAGUAAUAGCUCAGGGUUUACUCUGUCACGGCUUUCUAAGUGUGGGCUGCAUAUAGGAGGUCCUCUCUCGAAAGAAGGGGAAGGGAUAAAAGAGGGUAAGAAAGAGUGAAAUUUGAAAGGAGAAAACGAGUCUAAAUGUAUUUUAAAAGCCUGCUGCAGCCAGGUGUACGAGCUGGGUUGUGAGCUCUUUGAUGAUCCAACUUUUUUUUGGAUGGAUGUGAAGAAGACUGAAGUAGUAGGAGAGACAGAGUCAAGCUCCUGUAGUUCCUCUCUGCUGCCUGUGGCAGGUGAGGCCCGGCAGACGUUGAUGAUGUCAGACAGGACGCUUACGUUGGACUCCCUCCAGGGAGGUGUCUUGAAGUGGAGUUUGACUCCCUAUUUCAGUAUCUCUGAUCUCUGCAUUAUUUAUGCUUUUGUCUCAGCCAUUUAUCAGCAAUUUUAUACCUCCCAGCCUCAUUCUACAGUACAUCUCCCGUGAUGGAAUAGGCUGCAGCGAUGAUAGCCUCUGAGGGAAGCCAAUAACCGAAUAUAGUAGCUCAUAUUGAUAUCAGAAAAGUGUGGAAUGGACAAGUGUGCUGCGUCGGAGUCUCUGCAUACCGUUGAAAACCUUGGCAAACAUCCAUUCACAUCAAAACAGUGCAUUGAGAAAUAAAGUAUAUGGAGGAAAAUGCUGCGCUGGCUCAACGCUCUUACCUUUAUAUUAAUUUUUACGACAUGAAACUGGUAAUAUUUGAGCUGUGGUAGGAGUUGCACAGCAACUGAAUCACUGAUCAAUGACAGCUAAUGAACACUGCAGGAGUUCUGCUCUGUUUGCCUCUCGACAGAGAGCUGCCUUCUCCAGAGAGCUCCUUCUCUCCUGUUUUUGUCAGAAAAGCACAGGAGCCUUCAUUGAAACCAACUGCCCCUGGGCUCAAUUAACUACCAUAGAUUACUCAUAACGCAGAUGAGAGACCGUGUACACGAUCAGCGUUGCGGUGACGUUGAAGAUCACAAACGGAUGUGUAUGCAUGAAUAUAGACAACUGGGACGACUUGUGAUGCUGAGAUAUGCCGUGAAUGUAUAGAUGAUAAGAAAAAUCUCCAUAAAAAAGGCUUAAACAAGGAAACUAAUUGUGUUUUAUUGAUAAAAAUUGAUUGCCUCUCUGAUGAAAAUAGACAUCUGCAUGCACAGAUACAUACAUUCUCUGAGGCUCUACGCCCCAAGAUAUUUUCAUCAGAUGCAGCAGUGAUGCAUAUGUUUUUUGACACAUCAAGUAGAAAUGGCUGCUCUGGAUCUGAAGUCUACGUGAUAACCUGAUUACUGUCAGAAACCGCUCUCAUAUAGAUGCGCGCACACAUAGUAAUACCUGUGACCCCACAACAGAGUUAAUGCAGCAGAGCUAUGUUUUGCAUUGUUGUAGAGGUCAAUUGAGAUCUCCAUGGUGACAGCAUACUUUGCUCUGUGUGUGGUCACCAGGCCAUGGCCUUUGUCGUAGCAUAUUAGCAUCACUCAGCAUCCCUCAUUGCGGCUGAUCGCUGUCAGUCUCCUACCCGUCACGUCUGAGGAACUCUUUAUGAACGAAUUCUGCUCUGACACUGGGAAUUUUUGGACAUUUAAAAAUAUUCCUUUCACUGUGCCUACUGUAUAGUUUUUUAAACCAAGAUUAGUACUGUCACCAGCCAGUAGGAGCUGUUUUUUUUUUUAAAAAAGGAUCCCAGCCUAUAGUAAACGAAGGAAAGCUAUCAAAGAGUAUGUUUAGCACUAGAAAAUGUACAGAUGGCACGGACCUAAACACCAAGCAGUCCCCCUGCUGUGAGGAGAAUAUGCUGAACAUGCUGUGUAUCGAAUGGUGAGAUGAGUCUUACGUGCAGCUUCCUGUAGUGUUCACAAAUUAUCGGAAAAAAUGCAGAAGUUAAAUAUCAUUGAAUUCUAACUAACUGUUCCAGUCAUUUUUUUGCUUUAUAUGUAAGUAGAUUAUCUAUUGCGAUAAGAGAGGACCUUAUCAAAUAUGCAGAAAAAGUCAUUCAAAAUUCAAGUGCAGACAAAUGAUGCUGUUUAAACACUUGAUAAAUUGACUUGAGUGUUUUAUUGUGUCCCAUGCAGCUGAUAACUAUUCAACCUGUCAAUCAGCUAGAAAUUACAUUUUAACUCUAACUCUUUAUUUUAACUCUAACUCUCUAACUCUUAUCUCUUAUUUAUCACUACUAACUUUUUCCAUUGUCGUCUCCGAGUCCAGUCCUCAGGAUGAAAUGUUUGCAUUGUCCCCUUCACUCGGCUUCACACCAUUUUGACUUUUCUAGGAAACUUGUCAUAUUGUGUUCACAUAACGUGUUUCUGAGUUAACUUUCAUAUCCGGAGUUUGAGGGGUGAUGGAGUUGGGCAACAAAGACGCCUAGUCAGUGACUGGAGUUCAUGACUGUGUUCGAACAUUUGGAAUUUGUGAAACCACUGGGUUUUUUAUGGAGCCCUUAAGAAAGUUUCCUGAAAACAUGACAACAAAAAUAUAGGUUUUUACGACAAAUAUUGUGUUUUUUUGAUGAGACAUCUGGACAUCUUCAUCUGUGUUUGUCAACAACAAAACAGGUGUUUUAAGCCAACUGACUGUCACAACAACAAACAAACAAACCCACAACGUUCGUGCAAUGAUGUAAUGGGGUUUAAUUUGAACUCAUUGAUGGAAACAUGUGACAGUCCUUCAGUCAUUGCCAGCUCUGCUCAGCUCAGCCUAUAGGGUGACAGUCACCAUCAUUCUUAAUCAGGGAGCAGCACAGCUGGAAGAUGGUCACUUGGCGUGUCCUCCUGCAUUUCUGCAUAAUAUCCAUCCAGAUUAACAUCCUGAGAAUAUAAGUGGUACAGGGUAAAUGAUUGACUUGCGUUUCUAAGUAGCCAGCGUCCCGUUGUGAGUAGAGAAUACACUAUGACUCUUUCUUUUCCCCUCCUCCUGCCUUUAUCCUCCUACUGAGUCACCUCACCUUUGGGGCUUACCACAGGAGUCUCUUCAAACGAUCCUUUAGACUGAAGUGAAGAAUCAAGAUUAAUGCACUUCCACGUCCUGCCCAGGCUCUGGGGGAAAAAAAAAGUGUUAUAAUUAACACCAGGGGGGCUGCAGGCUGCUUUUCGAGAGAGGUCGAGGGUGGGGUACCUCGACCGUAGAGAAAGAGCUGGCAAAGUUGUGAGAUGUUUAGAAUGUGAUGUAUGUGGCUGCUGUGGAAAAACAGUGGAGUGGGAACAGAAUGACCUGUCAGACACCUCAGUCUGGCUUAUUAUUACUGGGACAAAGCAAGAGGGGGCCUGGAGCGAGAGCUGCUAAAUUACUGCAUCAUUUGUACUGAUUAUUGUCAUACAGUCUGACCUGUGUGAAUUAUCACAGAGGCUGAUGAUUUAACUUUUGUUUUCAAGUGUUGCACAGGCAGAAUUCUGCACAUUUUUCCCAGUUUUUUCUGUUAAGAAUGAGAUGCACCGACCCUUACGAAUAUCUUCUAAAGCAAUGUGAUAGCAAUUUUUAUAUGCUAUGAGAUAUGCUGCUCAAAUGCCCAAAUGUUCAAAUCUUACAUAUUGUACCUUUAAAAGCAUUUUAAAAGGUUUCUCUGAUACUAAAGUGUAUAUCAUCAGACAUGAGCCUCGAAAAAACGUCACACAAAUCAGAUGCCUUCAUGGUUUUAUCCAUUUUAGUGGCAUCGCGUUGUGUGGCUCCAGAGUGCAACCAACUGAACACCCCUCAUCUAAACCCUCCCUGACCAUUGCCGCCAAAUAUACAAAAAAAUGGAAGGCUCUCUCCAGACCUCAUGUCUGGUUCUUGACUACUGUAGAAACAUGGCAGAGCAAUAUUACGGACCCUGUUAAGACAAAAACACCCUAAACCUCUAUAAAUCUAAGCUCACAAAAUCACAAUGAUCCUUAUUUUCAGGUGAUAAUACACUAAUGAAAACAAUUGUGAAUAUUAUAUUUCAUUUGUCCCCCCAGAUCCCCUUAAAUCCCACACACUGGACCUUUAAACUAGGAUUUUAAAUGUCAUUCAUGCUUACGUAACCGACUUUAGAACUUGUUUGAAAAGAACAAAAAGGCUGGAAAGGAAGAAAGAGUGAGAUACUUAACUAUUUGGAGGCGUUCACCACACAGUUUACUUGAACGCUAUGUAUUUACAUGCGCGGUUAAGCCUACUAAUAAUACCCUCUUAUAUAUCCACCCACGCUGAUGAUACUAACCGUUAUUUAAAUAUAUAUCACACCCCACCAUUUGUGUCCUGUGGUUCCCAGGGGAUCUUAUUUUCAGCGCAGCUCCCUACUGCAUAUAGAGGCAUGUAAGGCAUUUGUUGAAAUGUAAAUGCAUCCAUGAAAGCGGAUCUCUGUGUGAGCAGUAUAAAUUAUACUUCUUAAUUAUCCAUUCUUGCACGGAGAGAUCGUCAUGGUGUGUUUGAUCAUCUGGUAAUGAUCUUUAAGUAUCACCAAGGUUUUAGCUGCUUCCUCAUUAUCACAAAUACUUCUCCAAGGUUAUUCCCAAGCAUUUACUUUCAUAGUUCGACGGCUGGUGUUUUGUCUUUGAUAGCUGCUCUGAUUUGUGUUGUUCCUGUCGGUGUCAAAAAGCAGUGGGCCUGCUGUUUUUUUUGGGGUGCGAUGUUUUCAGGAGUCUAUAAAGUUUAAAAAAAAAAAAAAAAAAAGGGAAGUUACCAGCAACCAACAGAGAGGAUCGAAUAUGGCACUUACAUUUCAGUGUAAAUGAGGAACGAAAUGGGCAGAGUGUGGAUUUACAGCGGUUCAUUAGAUUGGAUCCACUGUGCCUCUGUGUCUUUCACGUGAACAAUCUCCUAUAGCUCGGGCAAAUUAGUGUUCAAUCUGGUGUACCUGCUGUAAAUGAAUCUGUCCAUCAGCUCGCGUCUCAGGUGUUGGGAGUGGAGGAGGGAGCGGCUCGGCCCUGCCACGGCUGCUUCGCUCCCUUGGAUGGAGAGGAGCUGUUUGUUAAACACUUAAGAUGGAGUUUACUUUCUGAUCGCCUUUCCUAAGAGGGUGGCUGUUCCUUGUCGACUCUGAAUUACUGCGCCGCAGAUGUUCACCCGGUGUCUUUCAUUUCACCUCUGACCUCUGCACCCGACAGCCAGCAUCACUCCUUUUUUGAAAAUGCACUUCCUCAGAUCUCUCCAGGGGCGCGUCGGGGUGAAUUUGAAUCUAAUGAGAAAAUGCAUGUGUGAAAAUUUUGUUCUGUGUUCAUUUGGGUGAUGGAUACGUUCGGCGAGCCAGCUCACCCUCUGACAGGGAGGCAAAUGGAAGCCCCGGCUGCGUUCUCUUUCAAACGCUCCGUAAAACUGAUAUUCUUCGGCGAGCUUUUGCAAUUUGAAAAGAUUCCUAUCAUUUAGAAUGACAGAUUUUAUUACUGUUUUGGCUUUUGCUUUGACACUUUGGAGCUGUUAGCGAUGCCCCCAGGGUUUCGUUCAGGACUAAUCCACAUCACACCAGCCUGUCAUGUGUCCAAAAUAUAAUAAAGGCAUGGUAAUGAGCAUCAAUUAGGAAAGUAGGAGCAGCUCACCAACAGAAGUAUUUUUGUAUUUUAGGAUAGACGCGCUGAGUGCUGCAGACACAGUGGAUACAUGCGCGGAGUUCAAGUUACAGUGCAUCUAAAUCAAAAGUAAAUUCAUGUCAGGUUUAGACAAGUUAGUCUGAGGUCUUAAUGGAAGAGGGAGCAUGAGGAGAAUUUCCCCUGCCACGAGAGACUGUAUAAGCUCCUCUCAGGGUCUUUGUGUCGGAUAUCUCACCAGAAACAGAAAAUUAAAAGAUCCAUCCUGAUGGGCGAGUCCGCUGUUUUCAUUUAGAAGUCCGGUCGCAUGCAGACACGGCCGGCUGACUGGAAUAAUGUAUCUAAAAGCUGAACCUCCGAGCAUAUAGGCAACUGUAUUGCCUUUAAAGAGCUUCAAGUAGGGAGAGCUUCAUGUGUGACAUAAUUAAAUUCCACCCAAGUUAAUUCAAACUGUUUAAUGAUGCGAGGAGAACAAUUUCUUUCGCUGUGCUAGCAGUGGGGCGGUCCACAGGGGCGACGAGUGAGGAGAGGCAUUAGAAGUUCGGUGCUUGUGAUACAGAGAGGAGGAUGUGUGGAUUGAUGGAGGGAGAUGUGAAGGUUGUAGCAUCCUUGCAAACGCAGGUUCCGCUCUGUGUGAUUGUUGAUUUAAAGGUGCAUUUGCUUUACUUUUAUUAUUAUUUUGCAAAAGCUAAUAACCUCUCCCGCGGCAAAACAGCCUGACAUCAUAUGC